CAAGUGCCCAGUCUGGUCCCCGGGUUGUGGAGUACCAAGUAGCCAGUCUGGUACCCGGGUUGUGGAGUACCAAGUAGCCAGUCUGGUACCCGGGUUGUGGAGUACCAAGUAGCCAGUCUGGUACCCGGGUUGUGGAGUACCAAGUAGCCAGUCUGGUACCCGGGUUGUGGAGUACCAAGUGCCCAGUCUGGUACCCGGGUUGUGGAGUACCAAGUAGCCAGUCUGGUACCCGGGUUGUGGAGUACCAAGUAGCCAGUCUGGUACCCGGGUUGUGGAGUACCAAGUAGCCAGUCUGGUACCCGGGUUUUGGAGUACCAAGUAGCCAGUCUGGUACCCGGGUUGUAGAGUACCAAGUAGCCAGUCUGGUACCCGGGUUGUAGAGUACCAAGUAGCCAGUCUGGUACCCGGGUUGUGGAGUACCAAGUAGCCAGUCUGGUACCCGGGUUUUGGAGUACCAAGUAGCCAGUCUGGUACCCGAGUUUUGGAGUACCAUGUAGCCAGUCUGGUACCCGGGGCAAACUUGGAUUGUCGGGUAUCGUGAUGGGUAUUUUCUGUAAUACUAUGAUACGGCAAGCAGGCGGGUAUAGAGUACAGAUGUGCGUUGCAUGAUUUCAUUGUCCAGAAUACAAAAAAAUAUAUUAAGUGUUUCCUUGCAAAAAAAAAAUCUGAUGUAAUUUAAGUGGAAGAAGAAAUAGUGGACAAUUUACGGCUUAACCCAACCAUCGAUUUUCUUAUGUGGUUCAUGUUUUUCUGGUGAUAGAUGUAGUGAACUGCACAAUUUUGUUCCUCAUUUCCGUCGCAAAUGUCUUCUUUUCGAGUUAUGCCUCUUUCAAUUUAUGCCUAUCCAGGGUAACCCACGCGCUGAUACUCACCCUCUCUGUAAUCGUCACAACUUUGGUCCCGGGAUCACCACGCGUUGGCGGGUAUGUGUUUCUGAUGGAUAUCGGGUAAAUACUGGUCUCGGUUACCCGUACCCACAAUUACCCCAAAUCCCGUACUUAGCCCAUCCCUAGUGAAUAUCAGGUUGGAGUGGCGAUCGAGCGUGUCUUUAAAGGGGUCAUUUGUGUUGCUCUGGACUGCUAAACCUGGGAGCUUGUUACCUUCCUGUGCAAUAAUGUUAAUGAAGAAAAAUGGUGCAGACUGAGUUUGUUUGUUUAUGCUUUUACCUUCAUGAAUAUCACUUAUACUUUAAUGAAUAUCACUUCUAAUUUACAUUCAUCCUGUUAUAAAUAUCACUUCUAAUUUACACUUCUACUGUUAUUAAUAUCACUUCUAAUUUACACUUCUACUGUUAUUAAUAUCACUUCUAAUUUACACUUCUACUGUUAUUAAUAUCACUUCAAAUUUACACUUCUCCAAUGAAUAUCAAGUAGAAGGAAGUGGUGGUCGAGCUUGUUUUCAAAGGAAUCAGUUUGCUGCACUGGACUGCCAAAGGGGGGAAGCUUGUUCCAUUCUCGUGCAAUAACAUUAAUGAAAAGCUUAGCGCAGUCUAUAUUUGUCGACACUUAAGUUCUGUUCCACUAUCUCCUAUUCAGGAAGUGUCAUCGACGUAAACAAUUUGGGUUUUUCCACAUUCGUAAAGCCACUGAGUAAUGUGAAGUACUUAAUCAGUUUUCCUCGGAGGCAACGUUUCUCAAGACAGCUUAAAGAAUGAGAGCCUUUCGUCCUAAGGUUCCCCAGGUACCCAUUUAUCAACCAGCCCAAAGGAAGGACGAAGAGCUGGGUUUGCUGCACGCCGAUUACCCAGGCCAGGAUUCAAAUCUGGAGGAUCCAGCGGCCGGGCAGGAUGGAUGGCAACGAGGGCAGGUGGUCCCUCCUCCCCGACAGCCUCCUUCUGCAGAUCUUCACCCACCUCCACUACAGCGACGUACCCAUCAUCAGCCUCGUGUGCAAGGCGUGGCAUCGCGUGAGUUGUGAUGAGUUCCUGUGGCGACAUUUCUUCUACAAGGACUUCCAGGUCGACCCCAGCGUCCCAAUUAUGCCAGGCCGCACGUCUUGGCGCGGGGAGUACCGUCGGCUGGUGGAGGGCACGCCGGUGGUUGAGACUCAGACCAUCUCCAAACAUGACCACCAGGUGCUUCACGUGUCCUUCUCGCACCAGGGGGACAUGUUCGCCACCUCCUCCAAGGACGGACAUAUCAUCGUCUGGACGAGCAGCCACCCAGCGCAGGUCAAGUACGCUAAGGACAUGAAGAUACACUCCUGGAAGUACACGCAGUUCUCGCAGUUCAACAGCACCGACACGCUCCUCCUGGUCUCUGGUGUGCACUUUGGGACCUACAACAGCACCUCAGGGGAGAUCGCUGUUUUUAAUCUCGAAAGGGACUUCCAGCUUCAGUGCCGUGUCCUGAACAAGCCAUACGACAUCUUCGGGACCUGGUAUAACGACCAGUACCUGCUCUCGGGCGACCUGCACUGGCUGGCGCACCUGGUCAGUCGCAGCGUCAUUUGGCUCAACAAGGCGAGUCAGGAGACCAGCUCGGAGCACGAUGCCAUCCUGGUCUGCCUCUACAAGUUCUACAACAGAAACGCGUCCAGUGUGCGGACCAUCCUCGUGGCCAACUGCCUGACCCCUGAUGGUUCUAUCGGCGCCUCCGAGGGGGUGAAGAAGGCUGAGGAGGACGAGGGGAGGACUGUGGAGAAGGAGGUCGUCGAGAAGGGCAACCCGCCAUCCCACCGUGACCUGGGCGUGCAUCAGCCGGUCAGCACGGAGGGGGAGAAGGCGUAUCACCCGGUAGGCCACCCAUCGGUCUACACCAGCCCCAUCACCUACACUAAAGACUACCGCAAGGCUGAGACCGAGCCUACCGAGGGGGCUGCCGCUCUUGACAACAAUGUGGAGAUGGUGGACGAGAAGGAGCGUGGGGCAUCAUGGAGAGGAGGAGGAGGAGGAGGAAGGGAGGAGGAAAGCCUGGACUGGGAGGAGGACCAGGAGCCUUCGCCGCCCAUGUCCCUGGCGGAGGACUGUGACAAGUUCCUCAUCUUCACCACGGGCUCCAAAACCUACUCACCGCACCAGAUAGGGUUCAAGAGGAUCAAAAAGUUCACCAUCCCUACGGUGCUGGAGGCCGGGCCGUGUCUGAGGGAGAGGAUACAGCAGCGCGACCACCAGCGGGAACUGCGGGAGCUGGGGCUGUUCCAGGACCCUAACUGGCUGGACUUCAACUCCGUGGCUGACAGAUUUGACACCAUUGACCACCUGAUUGACCUGAACGGACAUAUCAUUGGCAUGGGCCUCUCGCCGGACCACAGGUACCUGUAUGUCAACAGCCGUCCCUGGCAAGCCAACUGUGUGGUGGAGAGUCCGUUGAGCCCGCCACGCAUCGCCGAGGGGAUUGACCUCCACGUGAUUGACCUGACCAAUUUGACUGAGGUCGGCACAAUGCUCCGCGCCCACAAGGCCUACACCCCCAAUGACGAGUGUUUCUUCAUCUUCCUGGACGUCUCGCACCAAUACGUAGCAAGCGGUGCGGAGGACAAGCACGGCUACAUCUGGGAGAGGCACUAUGGGGUCUGCCUCUCACGUCUGCCCCACAAGGAUGUCGUCAAUGCCGUCGCCUUCAACCCCAGGGACCCAGAGAUGCUGAUAACCGUGAGCGACGACCACAUGAUAAAGAUCUGGCGGUCAAGGCGAAGGGCGAGAGCGCUGGGCAUCGACCCUAAAGAGGAGGGACGCACGGCCAAGGAGCUGCGACUCAAACACCCCCGACCCACACCACCGCCACCGUCCGAGGAGGCCACGCUCUUCUCCCUCUGACCCCCUGCCGCCCCCUGCCCCCCCGCACCCACUAGACCCCGCCGGUCACUCUUGUCCAGGUAAGAUGAGUGAGUCAGGUGUUCGCCAGGUGAGUCCAGAUGUUGGCGAGUGAGAGGCGAGGCUUGCCGUGCAUAGACAAGAACACCAACAGCCUCUCAAAACAGAUGGCAGCGAAGGCGACAGCAACAGCCUCGCACACAGACUCGGCUCCUAUCCCUGUGGUCGGCCCAGCCCCUCGCUUCCUCGCAGAUUCGCAGCAUCAGCACAAUGUUAUGGCCUAGGGUGUGUUUGUUUGUUUGUUUGUGCGCGCCGUUUCAGUACGUAUUCGUGGACGAGGAGAGAGAAGUGAUAGAGGUUUUCGAAUGAGUGACUGAUGGAAUUAGGAAUGUUUGUGUAGCUUGGUUUUGUAGUGUCGAAUGUUUGUUUUGUUUUUUUCAUAUGAGGGAAGGAAAACGAUAUCAGGAGGUGGUGUUGAAACGAGUGAUUGAGGGAAUGAGGAAUGUUUGAGCGUCAUAAUUAUCGUCAUAGUAUUUAUUUCCAUGUUUAGCUUUUGAGGAUUUUGAGGAUUUCUUUUGUGUGUGUAUAUGUGUGUGUGUGUGUGUGUGUGAUGGUGGGAUUAACACUGCCUAAAACUCACAAGAAUGAAAGAAAGAAUGAAAGAAUGAAACAGCUGCUGAAAUGAAGUGGUCGUCCAUUUUGCAUUUGGCAGUACGGAUCUGAUUUUCACUCUCAGUCCAGGUUUUCUUUGGCCUUUUUGUCCCGCGACACAAGUGAUGGCAGGAUUUUACACUGCCCGAAACACAUGAGAAUCACCGGCGCCAGAUUGUUGUUUUCAAAGCAUCGUAUUAACCAGUUUUUGACUCUGGAAGGAAGGUGAAGGAAGCAGAAUGAUAGGAAGUGGGGAAGAAAAGUACGAGAUGCGGUGGAAAGGGGAGAGUCGGAGAGGUGGGGAUGAUGGUGAGAGGAGCUAAUAGAGGAUGUGAUAGAAGUGAGGAGGAUAACAUCAAGGAUCAAGAAUGGCAAUAGGAGAGAAACUAUUCAAUGUGUUCUCUGUGUAUGCCCCUCAGGUGGGGUUGGACAGACGAGAAGGAGGAGUUUCGGGGAGUGCUGGAUGACGAGAUGGCAGGUCUUAGAAAUGAUAAGGUGUUCAUUGGAGAUUUGAAUGGUCAUACUGGGCAAAGUAAAGAUGGAUUUGAGGAAGUAAUGGGGGGGUGUAUGGUUAUGGAGAGAGAAACAGAGAAGGGGAGAAAAUAUUGGAGUUUUGUCAGGGCAGGGGACUGGUUGUGGCAAAUACUAUGAUCAAGACAGAAAGAGAAAAGAUGGUAACCUAUAAAAGUGGAGGAGUGGAAAUGCAAGUAGACUAUAUAAUGUACAAAAAGAAUGAAGAUGUUUGGAUGAAAGAUGUGAAGGUGAUCUCGGGGGAGGCGUGCCUGCCACAACAUAGACAUCUGUGUGCUGACAUAGCCACGAAGGGAGGGAAGAAAAAGAUAAAAAAGAAAGAAGAAAGAAAAAUAAAAGUGUGGAAGCAGAGGGAGGAGGAAAUCAGAAGAGAGUUUGAACAAAGAGUGAAAAGGGAAAAUGAGGAAAAUAUUGGAGGGUGGGAACAAUUGAAAGAACAUAUCAUGAAAGCAGGGAGAGAAAUGUGUGGUGAAACAAAAGGAAUUAGAUGAAAGGAAAGAGAGACAUGGUGGAGGAGAGGCACCAUGGGAGCUGCUGUUUUUUUUUUUUUUUUUUUUUUACAACAAAGGAGGCAGCUCAAGGGCACUAAAAAAGAAAACAAUAAUAAAAAAAAAAAGCCUGCUACUCGCUGCUCCCAAAAAAGAAUUAAAAGAGGUGGCCAAAAGAAAGAUCAAUUUCGGGAGGAGAGGUGUCCUGAUACCCUCCUCUUGAAAGAGUUCAAGUCGUAGGCAGGAGGAAAUACAGAUGAAGGAAGAUUGUUCCAGGGUUUACCAGCGUGAGGGAUGAAAGAGUGAAGAUGCUGGUUAACUCUUGCAUAAGGGGUUUGGACAGUGUAGGGAUGAGCAUGAGUAGAAAGUCGUGUGCAGUGGGGCCACGGGAGGGGGGAGGCAUGCAGUUAGCAAGUUCAGAAGAGCAGUCAGCGUGGAAAUAUCGAUAGAAGAUAGAAAGAGAGGCAACAUCGCGGCAGAAUUUAAGAGGUAGAAGGCUAUCAGUAGGAGGAGGAGAGCUGAUGAGACGAAGAGCCUUAGACUCCACUCUGUCCGGAAGAGCUGUGUGAGUGAAGCCUCCCCACACGUGAGAUGCAUACUCCAUACGAGGGUGGACAAGGCCCCUGUAUACGGAUAGCAGCUGCACGGGGGAGAAAAACUGGCGGAGACGAUAUAGAACGCCCAACCUCGAGGAAGCUGAUUUAGCGAGAGAGGAAAUAUGAAGUUUCCAGUUGAGAUUUUGAGUUAAGGAUAGACUGAGGAUGUUUAGUGUUGAAGAAGGUGACAGCUGAGUGUUGUCAAAGAAUAGGGGAUAGGUGUUUGGAAGAUUGUGUCGAGUUGAUAGGUGGAGAAAUUGAGUUUUUGAGGCACUGAAGGACACAAGGUUCCUUCUGCCCCAAUCGGAAAUGAUAGCAAGGUCUGAGGUUAAGCGUUCUGCAGCCUCCAGUCUGGAGUCGUGUACUUCCUGUUGUGAUGGUCUUCUAUUGAAAGAAGUUGAAUAAUGCAGAGUGGAGUCGUCGGCGUAUGAGUGGACAGGACAGUUUGUUAUGGAAAGAAGAUCAUUGAUGAAUAACAGGAAGAGAGUGGGUGAUAGGACAGAGCCCUGUGGAACACCACUGUUGAUAGGUUUAGGGGAAGAGCAGUGACCGUCUACCACCGCAGAGAUAGAACGGCCGGAAAGGAAACUGGAGAUAAAGGAACUUGGUGAAAGGUGACUUGGUAGUAAAUGCAGAGACAGCAGAAGAAGUGAAAGAAAAGUUUAAUAAAUGGAAGGAGGAGAAAGUUUUGAAAAUUAAUAUGGAAAAAACAAAGUACAUGGUGACUGGAAAAGAAGCAAGACAAAAGAUUAAAUCAGGAAAAUAUCCAUGUGGAUGCUGUGGGAAGGCAGUAGGUGUAAAUUCAGGCUUGUGCACAUGUUGCAGGCAGUGGUGCCACCUUAGAUGCUCAGGCCUCGGAAAUGUAAGAGGAGUGCAGAAUUUUACAUCCCCAGCUUGUGUAAGGAGACAGCAAGGACAAGAAACUGAGAGGGAUGACACUAGAGGUGAAUGGAGGAAGGCUGGAUGAGGUAGAACAUUUCUGUUAUUUGGGAGAUGUUCUGGACUGUGAGGCAGGAGUGGAGAGGACAGUGAGAGCGAGAGUGGCGGCAGCGUGGUUAAAGUGGAGGGAGGUGGCUAGUCUGCUCAUGAAUCGUAGCAUCCCUCUAAAGAGCAGAGCAGGGGUGUACCAAGCGUGUAUUUGAUCAGUGAUGUUGUAUGGAGCAGAAACAUGGGCUCUAACUAGAAAAUUGAUGGAGGUAUUGAGAGCAAGUGAUCGCAGAAUGCUGAGGUAUAUGGCGGGGAUCAGGUGGCAAGAUAGGGUGUCCAGUGCAGAUGUAGCUAACAGAUGUGGAGUAGAGGACCUGGAAACAGUGCUCAGAAGGGAAAGACUCCGAUGGUUUGGACACGUGAAGAGAGCAGGGGAGGAUACAGUGCUGGGAGUUUUGGAGAGAUUGGAGGUAGAAGGAAGGAGACCAGUUGGUAGACCUAUGAAAAUGUGGAGAAGGUGUAUACAGGAAGACUUGUCAUUGAUGGGAUUGGAUGAGCAUCGGGCAGAAGACAGAGUAGAAUGGAGGAGAGCCGUAAAGCGUCCAGAUGUUAAAGAAAAUGAUGAUGAUGAUGUUUUUUCUUUCUUAUACGAGAACUAAUUAGCUUGAUAUGCAUUAACUGGACAUGGCCUAACUCUCUAUAUGUGUGUGUGUGUGUGUGUGUGUGUGUGUGUGUGUGUGUGUGUGUGUGUGUGUGUGUGUGCCAAUGUCCAUGUAUACGUAUACGAGACAACUAUAUUUUACGGAUGCUCUCUGUGAGUCUGUGCUGCCUCUGGGCGGGUCCCAGCGUGAUUCUACAUAAAGUAACAGAAGAGAGAGACAGCCAGGUUCAGAUGACACUUAUGAAGCACUGGGAAUUGUGUGGCCCAUGGGAUAAGAGGUGUUGGCUGACCCUGGGGCCAAUUUUAAUUUGUGCUCUAUAAAAAAGUGUUCUCGGGAAAUUUCAGCUCAGGUAUAUGGAUGAAAUAUGUGUUCUGUGGAGACUUACAGCAGCCAACCAGGUUCAAACAACACUUAUGAGGUAUUGGAAUUCGAGUGGCCCAUUGGAUGAAGUGUUUGCUGAUCCUUGGCCCUGUUAUAACCCGGUAGCAGCGGGGAUCAUGUUUCCUAAUGGUCCCUCGAAGCGAGAAAAAUGAGAAAAAAUCAUCACUCACACAAACCAUUUCAUAAGACAUAUCAACGCAUUUGUGAUCAGUUUAUGUAUCAUCUAUUUUGGGGGGUUUAUAUCAUGGCACAAAUUUGGCCCGUCGCUGCUACCGGGUUCAUUAAUGCUCAAAAAAUUUAUCCCUGUUUUAAUUGGCCCCCAGACGACACUCAUGAGGCAUUGGGAAUCAUUUGGCCCAUUGGGAUAAGGGGUGUUUGCUUAUCCCUGGGCUGUCUUAACCCGUCUGCUUUGGCUAACUUGAAGCUGUAAGUGGCUGAGAAACGGCUAAAUAUGGAAUGAGUAUGAGGGCAGCAAAACCGCAUGGGGUGUGCAUAAGUGUGCUCCUCUCAUACCCUUGCUGCUGCUAGUAUUGUUUUUUCACUCAGAAGCACACGAGUUAAUUUCUUCUAAAAGUGUUCUCUGGGGAAAUCUCAGUUCAUCUAUGCCUUGUUAGCGGGUAUUUUUAGUUACGUAAUAAAUCCAUUUGUGGCAGUCGGCAUCCAGCCCUGACACUCCUGCUGGCAACUGACCCGGGAGUGACUUACUGAUUGCCACAUGUCACCACGGCCUCCAGUUAACUCAGUUCUGGCCAUACCGACCCAGUGACACUAAACGUAUUUGGACAAGUUUCCGUACCGAAGCACACGAGUUAAUUUCUUCUAAAAGUGUUCUCUGGGGAAAUCUCAGUUCAUGUACGCUGAUAUGCUGAUGAAAUGUGUGUUCCGUGGAGACUUACAGCCGAUUAUUUGACACUUAGAGGAUAAUCAAGUCCCUAGGUGUGUAUAUUUGACUCGGUACUGUUAAAUGCUAUCAACUCACGUAUCAACUAUUUCCAAAGGCCAAAAAGGAGAUAAAUAGGAUACUUAUGUGUGAUAUUUUAGGUUCAUGGUACAGAAGAAGGGUCAGUCUACCACCAGGGUUAUAAAACUACCACUGGAUAUGCCCACAACACCUACAAAAGCCUUGUCAAAUAUGUGUGCUUGGGCGACGAACUGUUUUAUAAUACGACCCAUAGAAGAAGAAGAAAGUCCCUGGGUGAAACAGAGUAACAUUUUUACAGGAAGGUUAUAUGACAGAAGAAUUACAAGUUGCUGAGUGGAGUAGAGUGGCGACUUGCAGCGCUGUGUGGACCAGACACUCAAGGAAGCUAUUUAACACAGAAGAAUUAUUACAAGUCCUUCGAUAAGACAGAAACAAAUGGACGGAUGAGAGGAAGUUCAUUUGACACAGUAAAAUGAAAAAAUAAGUCCCGCAGUGAAGAAAAGUGUGACAUCUUGCAGUGCUCCAUGAUCUGAAGAAGUUUAUGUUUGACACUUGGAAGAAUUAAGAGAGCCUGGAUGAAGUGUACUAGUGUGUGGUGUAAGAAGAGCGGACACUUUAUCCGACAUUUACAAGAAUCAAAAAGGUCCCUAAAUGAAACUUUUUUUUUUUUUUUUUUUUUUUCACACAGUUAAGGAAGCAGCUCAAGGGCAUAAAAGAAAAACUGUAGAAAAAAAAAUCUCGCCAAACGCUGCUCCUAAAAAAAAAAAAAGAUAAAUGUAAAGAGUGGCCUGAAAGUGCCGUUCGGUGUAUGGAGGAGACGCGAGACAGCUUGUUUACGUUGCCGCUGGUGCCUGAGCUGAAGCCUGUUAUAGCGCUUGUCUGUUGCCUGUGGAGUGCUUUAGACGCAGCUGCUGGGCUCUCCGAUGACAGAGCAGUGAAGGGUGAACAGUGUACGUGAGUUUGUAUGUACAGUACUAUUAGUGUUAUCGAUAUCAAGGGGAAGAAUCAGCGUUGCCAAAUAAUCGUACUAAUCGCAAUGGAUUUUCGUAGUUUCUCACCGAUAACUGUUGCAAAAAGAAAGAAAGCCAUCAAUAUUUAACAGUUUCAAUGAUAAGUUUAACCCGGUAGCUGCGGAGAUCAUGUUUCUUAAAGGACCCCCUAAGCGAGAAAAAUGAGAAAAAAAAUCAUCACUCACGCAAACCAUUUCAUAAUAUACAUCAACGCAUUUGUGAUCAGUUUAUGCAUCAUCUAUUUUUGGGGGUUUACAUCAUGGCAAAAAUUUGGCCCGUCACUGGUACAGGUAACUCGAUUUUCACGAGUAUUGUGUCCUUGAAGAGGUCGCGUAAAUCAAAAACAAUGUAAAUCAAACAAGAGGUAGGUUUGUACCUUUAUUGCCUACUGUAUCACUCUGACUCCUCUCCCUCUUGUGGUUCCUCCUCUGGCUGCCCUUCCCCUCGUGGUAGCACAGCAGCGAGGGUGUUGUUGUUGUUGUUGAGUAGCGUGGGUAUUGUAUUGUUGUUCAAGUGGCGCUCGGGAAGAACUGAGCUCAGCUGUGUGGCCACGGCGCCGUGUGAGUCCAGUUGCGUGAGACAUCUGGUGGCAACUCCAUAAAAUAUCGCGUAUAAGUGAAAAAAAAUGUGUAAAUUAAACAUUUAUUUGGAUUUUGGACCCCGCGUUAUUUCAAAAACAAAUUUGGCCCGUCACUGCUACCGGGUUAAUAUACUAUCGUUGUUCAUGAGGGUACAACAGUUUUUUGGAGCCUAAAAAUGAUAGAUGCAAUAUUCAGAGUACAACAAUUUGGCAAUGCUGGGAAGAAUGGAGUUGACUGAGGUGUAGAAAUGAGGUGUGGAAAGUGAAGUGAGUGAUAAGCUUUGUUUCGACAUUUAGUUUUUACGUCUAAGCUCACUUUUAUCUUUUUUCCCUUGAUAUGAGUAGUGAUUGGUAUGAUGAUGAUGCUUAGGAAUCUGUGUUCUCGGAGCCCCCGACGUGUAUCGCUGUAUUUUCUGCGCAGCAAUGAAUGUUUUGCCUAAA